AAAUAAUUUUUUUCGGCAUUUUUUUCAGUUCACGAUGUGGAAGCUCGCAAGUCACUGGUUAUGCUGGUUUUUAAUUUUUACAUACGUUGUAAAAGAUGUUAAAACUGAAUUUAAGACAAAGCGAAAUGCACUGUUAAUUGUCGCCGAUGAUGGAGGGUUUGAAAUAGGAGCAUAUCGUAAUAAGAUAUGUCAAACCCCAAACUUAGACGAUUUGGCAAAGAACAGUUUGAUUUUCAACAAAGCGUUUACAUCUGUAAGCAGUUGUUCCCCUAGUCGAUCUGCUAUUUUAACUGGAACACCAUCGCAUCAAAAUGGAAUGUACGGUCUUCAUCAAGGUGUUAAUCAUUUUGAUUCUUUUAAUAAUGUAGAGAGUCUUCCAAAGAUUUUGAAGAAAAAUAACAUACGUACAGGUAUUAUUGGUAAGAAACAUGUCGGUCCAGCAGAGGCAUAUCCUUUUGACUACGCCCAGACUGAAGAAAAUAAUUCUAUUUUACAAGUUGGUAGGAAUAUCACUCACAUAAAACUUCUAACACGCGAAUUUCUCAAUUCUACACUGGAUAAGCCCUUCUUUUUGUAUGUAGCUUUCCAUGACCCACAUCGCUGUGGCCAUACCAAUCCAGAAUAUGGACAGUUCUGCGAGAAAUUUGGAAACGGCGAAGAAGGAAUGGGUGUGAUACAGGAUUGGCAACCCAUAGAUUAUCAGUGGGAUGAAGUUCAAGUACCCUAUUACGUUCCAAACACUGAAGCAGCAAGGAGAGAUAUUUCAGCUCAGUAUACAACCAUUUCCAGGUUAGAUCAAGGUGUCGGCCUUGUUCUAAAAGAGCUAGAAAAUGCGGGACAUUUAAACGAUACGUUGAUUAUAUACAGUUCUGAUAAUGGAAUACCUUUUCCUAAUGGAAGAACAAACCUUUACGAUUCAGGAAUUGCGGAACCUAUGUUUAUUUUUUCACCGCUACAUAAAAAAAGGCGAAACCAAGUUACAAAUUCGCUUUCAAGUUUGCUAGAUUUAGUUCCUACUUUAUUAGACUGGUAUGAGAUAAAUAAGACAGUAAUAAUCACAAAACAAAUAUUGACUGGUAAAAGUCUUUUGCCUCUUCUGGUUAAAGAGCCUGCUGAUACAUCAAAAGAAGCUGUUUUUGCUAGUCAUAACUUACAUGAAAUAACCAUGUAUUAUCCAAUGAGAAUGAUACGAACACAGAGAUACAAAUUAAUCCACAACAUAAAUUAUGGCAGUUCAUUCCCAAUUGACCAAGAUUUUUAUCUGUCUCCUACUUUCCAAGAUAUUUUAAAUAAAACAAAGGCCAACCAACCAACAGGAUGGUUCAAAACAUUAAAAAACUACUAUGAACGACCUGAAUGGGAGUUGUACGACUUAAAACAUGAUCCAUCCGAAGUUAUAAAUUUAGCUGGGAAACCAAACAUGGAAGAUACUCUUCAAGAGCUAAAAAGUAGGCUCAUAGAUUGGCAGGGUAAAACUGAAGAUCCAUGGAUUUGUGCUCCGCAUGCUGUGUUAGAAGACAAGGGAUAUUAUAAAAACAAUUCCUUGUGUAUGGAUUUAGAUAACUUAUGGUAAAAUAAAACUACUGUAGCAUUUGAAAGAAAAAUAAACAAUUUUAUUGUCACACAAACAUAUCUUGUAUACAAACCAGGCGAUAAAUAAAAUAUAUAAUCAUA